UUCACAGAGAGACCGUGAGAGGAAGAGGAGCAGCCGGGGUCUCAAAAUGGUCCGGUGAUGCCGCCAUGAGUCAAAAUGGUACCUGCCUGUGGACUUGGCUCCCUCAGAGCAGCCAGUCGCCAUGUGACCGCUAUAAGCACGCCUGCUGCAGCUACGGUGGAAGUGUCUACAUCCUGGGAGGAAGAAAGAACAGCUGUCUGAGGGACUUCUGGAUGUACAGUGUGGUUUGUAACGAGUGGACAGAGCUGAACUGUACGCUGUCAUCUGACGCUGCACCAGAAGAACUAGAAGAACAUACUAUGGUGGUUCAUGAGGGCUUCCUGUACGUGUUUGGAGGCAUGCUGGAUUCUGCAUACACAAAGUGGAGAUUUCCCCUCUGGGUGUUUGACAUUGCAAAGCAGAAAUGGGUUCACUGCCAGGGAAAGACGAGCUCCCCUCAGACUCAAAUGCCAACCAACAGAAAAGGACACAGUGCUGUGGUGGUUGGCUCUGCCAUGCUGGUGUACGGAGGUCUCAUUGACAUGAAAGGAUCCUCGCAGGACUUCUGGAGUUUGGAUUUUGAUACUAUGGCUUGGUCCCUCCUGAGCGGUUCUCAGCAGGGCUCAUCGGGCCCCGGCCCCAGACACAGUCACUCAGCCAUGGCCAAUCACAGCUGCAUGUACCUGUUUGGGGGCCUGAAAGGUUUGCGGGAGCAGAGAGACUUCUGGAAGUGGAAUUCCAUCAACCACACAUGGAGCUCCCUCAGAAACAAGUCGGGCCCCUCCAGACUGAUGGGCCACUCAGCCGUGGCCUACAGGGACUGUAUGCUUCUUUUUGGGGGCGGUGAGAGCCAGAACUCGCCAAAGAACUGCCUGUGGAAGUACAGCUUCACCUCUCAGACAUGGGCGCAGCUGUCCACGCUCCCAGGCUCCACCCCCCCAGACAAGAUCCACCACUGCUGUGCUGGGCUGGGCCCCAGCUAUAGGUCCACCGGCAGCAGCCCCAGCUCCAGCUCAGGACUCCAACCCGGACUGCUGGACGGGAAACUACGACCCUUCAAGAACAAGUGCUUCCCCGCCCCGCUCACCUUUCUCGGCUCAGAGGAAGCGUUCGAGCUGGAGACGUUCAAAACGAUCAAACAGCCGUCAGACCUGGAAGACACCACAGAGGGCCUGAUGGGAAAAGACGCACAGCGGAUCGGGAACUGUCUGACCUUUGAAAACAAGGCAUUCAGGAAGCAGUGGAGCUGCACUGAGGAGGACCUGCUGGACCAGGAGGAUGAGGAUGUAGCUCUGCAUCUGCCUGACCUGCUGCUGGUACUGGGGGGGAGACCCUGCUCCUCACACAGUCCCAUCUCCGUGUGGCAGAUGACUCUGACUGACACCUAACAGCCUGUGAACAAAGGUUUUAUUCUGUAUGAGAAAUGUGAAAAAAAAAC